CACAGUUUGCAGUUGGAGCAGGACAGGAAGGAGCCACGCUCACUCACUCCAGAGACAUUGAACCUCUGAUGCUCCGAACCUGCAGCAGGAGAGGAAGACACCCUGAAACACUGCCCAGCUUGCAGUCAAAGCGCCCUGCCAUGCCAGCUGCCGUCUGCAGGCGGGAUGGCAGAAGGAGUCGGAGCUUUUCUCGCCCUGCUGGUUUCCUCAGUGGGCAGUUAAUUGUCACCUGAAGGCAGCAAUAAGCGGCAGUUGAGCGCAGCAGCUGGUGGAUGUUGCACCAUGGAGAUAAAGAGAGGACUUCGAGCCAUGCUGAUGGUGAUAUGGAUCUUUCCAGGUGACACCAGGAAGGUGGAGAUGCCCAGCAGGGAGAUUGAGGUGGUGAAAGGCCAGAUGGUGGUCUUACAGGCCUGGUACAGCCCCAGCUCAGAUAUCUCCCAGAAUACAGUCAUUUGGCACUUUACAGGGAAUGACUCCAAGCAGGUAAUUAACUUUAGCUCAGGUAAAGUCGGACAUGGACAAAACGAGUUCACCAACAGAGUAGGCUUCAGCGUGACCAUGCCUUCAGCCAACCUCUCCAUCUACAUCAACAACACCCAGGAAACCGACUCCGGCCUGUACUUCUGCCACGUCAUUGUCCCCGGAGGUCACGGCAUUUCUGGAGAGCUGCGGCUGAACGUCAAAGUCCCUCCCUCGCCACCUCUCUGCAGCAUGAUGGGAAACCCGGUGGUGAAAGGCAACGUGACACUAAGCUGCAAGUCCAGCCAGGGAAAACCCGCCCCUCAGUACAAAUGGACCAGAGCCGCGCCCUCAUCCGAGGUCUUUUUUUCCCCAAUGCAAAAAUGGAGAGCCUGCCCCCAGCCCAUGCUUGUCCUUGGGUUCAUGGAUGAGAGACACGGCACCCUCAGGCUCAGCAACCUCACCAAAGGCAUGUCAGGGAAAUACAUCUGCAGAGCCAGCAACACGGCCGGCACUGACAGCUGCUCCAUUAACCUGGAGGUUAUCACCCCUUCCAAUGCUGGAAUGAUCGCUGCAGCGACCCUGGGGUCUGUGGUGGGACUGGUAGCCAUGAUGCUUAUCCUCGUAUUCAUACUAAAGAGGAGACAGGACUCGGAGGAGGAGAUGGCCAAUGAGAUCAAGGAGGAUGCUCAGGCACCAAAGAGGGUUUCAUGGGCAAAGAGUAACACAGGCUCAGACAUUGUGUCAAAAAACGGCACCCUGUCCUCUGUCACCACCAGCCCCCGAUCGCAGGAUCCGCCCAAAUUCCCAUACCCAUACUCUCCCGUUUCGGCAUCAGACACAGGCUCGGUGAUCAACGCCUACCAGCUACGACCCGGGACGGCCUGCAGCCUGCAGGGGCUUCCUGGAUACAAUAUUGGAGGCACUCCUAUACGCAAAAACAAGCGACCCCCCUGUGCAAACGGAGGGCCCCCACAGAUCCUCAGAAGCCCUGCGGUCGGCAUCCCGCUAAAAAGGACUGAAGGGCCUCAGCCUCAGGUUCCCCCUCCAGUUACUGUGUCCCCACAGAUCAGCUCCUCCACUCUGACACGCAUGGGGGCCGUAGCCGUCAUGGUGCCUGCUCAGAGCCAAGCCGGCUCCCUGGUGUAGCUCCGUACAGGACAGACGGAGAGGAUGCCUUCAGGUGGAGAACAUUUCCCCAUGAUGUGAGCAGCUGUCCAAGUGGAAAAUAUCUGAUGAGAGACUCGUUUGCAAAAACUCUCCUUCCAGGUUGUUGAAGAAAUCAAACUCAGUGCAGCAUUCCUUAUUUCUCUUCUACAUUUGUUUUGUUUUUUUUUAUGUAUCAUUCACACCCACAACAGAGAAAUAUAUUUUUAUUUUUACACGCCUCAGAGCAUUUCCUUAUAUAGAAUAAGCUUGUUUUAAUAUAACAGUUACACAGUGAGAAGUCCCAUAAGCUAAAUGCUUUUUGCUAUUACUGGAAACUAUGCUUUGUCUACAUUUCUAAUGUUUGUAUAAUAACCCAAUAACGGACAUGCUGAUGUCCAAUUUACUGCCUAUGUAGGAAAUAGUCUUCAGUCAUAUUUGCCAGGAUUUUGUUCUAAACAAAAUAACUCAGUUUAGAUGCAGAUAUUUUACUUUCCUUAACUUGUUCAUUUUGUUCAAAUCUUUUAAACUGUUGCAGAAAUAUCAGUAUGAUUAUGGUGUGUACUGAGCAUUCAUAUAAAGAGUAUUUUGCCAGUUACAGUAGCUUGAAUGUAAACUGAAUAUUGAGUGUAAUAUUGAUGGUUCAUAAUUGUUAAGGUGCUUGAUUUUCAUCAGUUACUGCAGACAUUUAGGUAAAUUGAACUGAUUUAACAAGAAAACAGCUCAGCAGAUUUAUUCUGUUCUAAUGCUAGUUAUUCUUGUAAACUCUGGAAAUAACAUGGCUGUGGUUGAUGCUUUUAAAGAGUUUCAUGUGUUAUUUUACAUGCUGUUCUCAUUGCCCACAUUUACUUUUUUAAAUAAAGUAUUCUGGAGUCGUUGCCCACUAA